UGUCUUAAAAUGGCACUGUCACAAUCUGAGGACUUUGCUGAAUUCGCAAAGACGCCCCCACGGUGACAUUGCUGCUAAGGGUCCGGUGGCUGGGGGGGUGCAUGCAAAGAUGAGAUUUACUUACCUGAGCCUGUCGCUCAGAGGCAUGGCCAUCUUGAUCCGGCGCUCUGGAGGCGACGUCACUGCUGCAUUUAAGUCUAUGGAGGAUCCUGCGGUCUCCAUAGACAAGGCCAAUUAUUUGCAGCUAUCAUUGGUGAUGGCUGUUGGGAUUGGCACUUAGACUCUACCAUGAGUGUAUGAGUGUCAUGAGGAGGAGAAAUACAGAGACAAAAUAGUCCUUACUUUGUCUCUGCAUAUCUCUUGACUGGGUUGGCAUUUUCAGAAUUAAAGAUUCUAUCUUUAUGAAAUGCUAAUUUUUUAGGGUGGGGUGACAGUGCCGCUUUAAUGAUUAAUCAAAGUACACUGUGGUUAAAAUGUAUGUCCAAAUAGGUUUUUUUUAAAACAGGAAGCAUGAGCAAUAUUUUCAUAUUUCAGAGUGAAGAAAUAUUCCUUCUUUGAGCAGACAUCGGAGGUGACCGUAAUCAACCAACUCUCAUUUUUAAUGCAUUCAUGUGGAUACAGAACAUUGGAUUCAGACCGUAGAACCCAAACUUUACUUUAUCCCCAUAUGUUGCAGAAUUCCUAUGCAUAAAGGUAAGUGACUCCUAUCCUCAGCCACAUUCCAUGGUGCUUAAAGGGAAACUCUAGUGCCAGGAAAACAAUCAGGUCCCCUUUCCCUCCUACCUCCCAAUCCCCGAUAGCAGAAGGGGUGAAAACAUGAAGACUCUUCAGGUCACUUAUCUGAGAGGUUUCUUUUCGCCGCCGCUCCUCCCAGUCAUCACAUCCGCUGGUGGGCGAGACUGAUCCCGCCCACCGGCCGGGGAGACCUAAUGUGCAUCCGCAGCAAUGCUGCGCAUGCGCAGUAGCGCUCCCCAUAGGAAAGCAUUGAAAAUGCUUUUCAAUGCUUUCCUCUGGGGAAUUGAACGACGCUGGAGGUCCUCACACAGGAGGACCAGGAAGUGCCCUCUAGUGGCUGUCUAGAGGUGGAGUUAACCCUGCAAGGUAAUUAUUGCAGUUUAUAAAAAACUGCAAUAAUUACAAUUGCAGGGUUGAGGUUAGUGGGAGUUGGCACCCAGACCACUCCAAUGGGCAGAAGUGGUCUGGGUGCCUGGAGUGUCCCUUUAAAAUAACAAGCCAUGAUUUUCACUCUUAUUUCAAUAUCCACACACUAAGUGGCUUUACUAUUCAUGAAAGUCAUUUCUAGCAAAUAUUAAUACAAGUAAACAGGGAAGUAGGCAAGCAUUCUGCCUCAGAUUGUAAAUUACUGACUCAUACCAAGAAGGCUCGAAGGACCCAGCUGGAAGGUGGGAGCAGAAUUCUGGAUUAUUUUGUGUAUAUGCUGCUCUUUUACAGAAGCUCAAAGGACCUCAUUGAAAGGUGAAAGUGCUAUUCUGUCAUAUGGUGUAACUUUGCAGCUAAUACUAACACCCAUUUCUCAAAUCAAUAGGCUGACUGUUGUUUUGCAUGCUCUGUAUGCCCAAGUAUAUGAAUUAUUCAACACAGCUGCAUUAGUAAAAUGCAAUGGGCAAACAGAGGCAGAACAGUGGGGGAUAUAUAUGUAAAAAGUUUUCGAAAGGGAUCUCUUUUUAAAAUGGGGGUGCAUGGAAUAGUUAAUGAGCAAUUUAAGUUUACUAAAGAGAUUUAAAGGCAGACGAAAAAGGGUCAGCUUUCUUGUCAGUAUAUUACAAUGGCAAUUUAUUUUUUGCAACCUGACAAUUAUGUCCCACUAACUAAAAAUAAUAGAUAAUAUACAUGUUAUGGGGUGGUCCUUAACCCCAGUUACCUCCUUGAGUCUCUGCUACCUGGGAGUUGACUGCGGCAGUACCCCCGUCAAGCAAGGCAUCUAGGGUAUGAAUGUGGGGUCUUGCUGAAAAAAUAUUUUAAAAAAAUAUAAAGAAUAUUAAAAAAGUAAAGUAACACAAAAGAAUAAAAGUGAAGAAAAAGUCAUAAAUAUUUAGAAAUAGUGUAAAGAUAUUAUUAUUCAAAUACACUGUCUGCAUUAUUUGUUCACACUCUCUCAUGGUCUCUCACUAACAGAGUUAUUUGCUGAAGUGUGAAUUCAAAGUGAAUUUAAAAUUCAAGGUUAAAAAAAAAAAAAUAGAAUUAUCCAAGUCAGCUAAGCUUCUAGUUUUACUAUUUUGCCUUAAAUUUGAAAUUCACUUUGAAUUCUAACUUUAGACACUGAACUGGCCUCCAAAUGAUCAAAUUGUGAUCUAGAAAAUUUCUCCAAAUCUGCUAUUCUACCUAAACUUUGCCAUUUUUGGAUAGAUUAACUAUAAUUGAAUGUUUAAUGGGUUACCUUGCCAGGAUGAUUCACAAAGUGCGAUUUGACAGGAACUCAAAGUGAAUUCAAAGGCGAUUUCUAAUAUUUGUCAAAAACUGUUGAAUUUUGACAUUUCUUUCUUUUAUAUUUUAAGCAGUUGAUUAGCAUUGAUUAUUACUUGGAGUUUCUGAAAUAACAGCAGUGGUUCACAAUCCAGCCAUCCCCAACUAAGCUUGAUGACAGUUGCAAUCCACAGCAGCUGCAGUAGAAUAGGUGUUGUUUUUUGUGUGUCCCUAAACAAGCACAUUUGUGAGCAACCUUCAUAAAUGUGGUAGUAUAAUCUUAUCAGGGGCGGGUCCAGAGUCCAAUCUCGGGAAAGUCACUUUGCCGAGUUUAGACGAGCUGAUAGAAAAAUAUGUUGUGCUGCCUAAAGGAUAGCCAACUUAUGAUUAGAGACACUCCCCUGCCCAAAUGGAAGAAAAAAAAUUGAGAAGCCUCUGAAACUUCAUCUGUGCAUGCAUGCACUCCUCAUGGGCACAAGGCUGGCCUGUUCUGAUGUCUGAGGAUGAAGUAUGUGGGGCAAGGCAGGUAUGCUCAAAUAGAGAGUGCCUGCCCCUUCCAUAAGCACAGGGGAUCUAAUGGAAGCAGGAGGCAAACCUACCUGUCUGAUUAAUUAAGGGUGUUUCAUUAAUUAGUUAAAAAAGUAAUGAUUUCUCAUUGAAAUUGGCACUUUUAUAAAGUGCUUUCGAAGUGGGUUACUCCUCAACCAUAAAGCACUUCAGCAAGCCUCUCUCAUAACAGAAAGACUAAUUUGAUCUCAUCCAUCUAAUUCACUGAAAUGUCCUCCUCAUACUCUAACUAGUAGUAUUGGUGGGAGGCACUGUGGGGGAACCAUUCCUUAGUGUCAAUUCAGGUACCCUCACAGAAUAUUCCAUAAAACCAUUUUACAGGUCCCCGCUCUUUGGAUGAGAGCACUCUGCAGACGUUCUCAGCCAAUUAAUGCAGUCCUGCAUGCCACUGUUUAGCUUAUUGGGGUUAGCUGGAUUAUCAAGGAAAAUCUGAAAACAGGGACUGGAGCUGCAAGCAUCCAUUGAGACCCAGGUACAUUGUCAAACCAUUCUAAAAUGGUUUGACAAAUUACACUAGGAAAGGAUUAGGGCACUCCUGGCACAAUCACUAUUACAGCGGGAUCCUAUAAAUAUAUUUAAAAAUAAAAGUAUGGGGAUGGUCCCACUGACAUUUGCUGUCUUAAACUGCUGGCACUAGACUGUCAGAUAUUUGCUGACUGGCCCCUGGUUUGUGGGUGCUGGGUGGCUGACUCAAGGUCAUGGGAGCUGAUCUGUGGUCUUUGUGGGCACCAGGCCCAGAUCUCAGUAGGUGUCUGAUGACUGACCUGGUCUUGAUGGAUGCUGGAUGGCUGGAUAUUACAUAGUUACAUAGCUGAAAAGAGACUUGCAUCCAUCAAGUUCAGCCUUCCUCACAUAUGUUUUUGCUGCUGAUCCAAAAGAAGGCAAAAAACCUAGUCUGAAGCGCUUCCAAUUUUGCAACAAACUAGGAAAAAAUUCCUUCUUGACCCCAAAAUAGCAGUCAAAUGUCUCUUUGGAUCAAGCAGCUUUUACCCCACUAAUUAGAAAUUAUAUCCCUGUAUGUUAUGUUUUUGCAAGUAUUUAUCCAAUUGCAGUUUAAACAUCUGUAUGGACUCUAAUAAAACCACCUCUUCAGGCAGAGAAUUCCAUGACAAAACCUUACUGGCCUUAGCAACUGCAGAUUGACAGUGUAUAUUGCUGCCUAAUUUGUUGUCUAUAAAAAUUCCCAAAUCCUUCUCGUGUAUGGUUAUCCCUAAUUCACUACCAUUUAGGGUGUAAGUUGCUUGUGCAUUCUUGACCCCGAAGUACAUAACUUUGCAUUUCUCUACAUUAAAUUUCAUCUGCCAUUUUAGUACCCAGUCCCCAAUCUAUCCAAAUCCCUCUGCAGCAAAGCAAUAUCCUGCUCACAUUAUUACUUUACAAUUUUUUGUGUCAUCUGCAAACACUGAAACAUGGCUUUCAAUGCCUAUUUCAAGAUCAUUUAUAAAUAUGUUAAAUAGAAGUGGUCCCAAAACAGAACCCUGAGGGACACCACUUACCACUUUUGCGCAGUCUGAAAAUUUACCAUUAAUGCAACUCGUUGUACUCUUUUCUUAAGUCAACAUUCUACCCAAGAACAAGAAUAUUCCUCUAGACCAAUUUCUUUUAGUUUGAAGACUAACCUAUUGUGAGGAACCAUAUCAAAUGCCUUGGCAAAAUCCAAGUAGAUCACACUGCAACACCCUGAUCUAUACUUCUACUUCUUUGUAGAAUGCAAUUAGGUUAUUUUAACAUGACCUAUGUUUCAUAAAACCAUGUUGAUUAUUGCUAAUAACAAAGUUCUUCCCAGUGAAUUCCUAAAUAUUAUCCCUUAAUAGCCCUUCAAAUAUUUUCCCAGUCACAGAAGUUAAGCUUACUGGUCUAUAAUUUCCAUGCAAGGAUUUUGAAACCUUUUCAAAUAUAGGAACAACAUCUGCCUGCCUCCAAUCCUCCGGUACAAUACCUGAAACAAAAUAAUCUUGAAAAAUUAAAUUUCCCCACUUAGCUCCUUAAUUACUUGUGGGUGAAUACCAUCAGGCCCCAGAGCUUUAUUUACAUUCAUUUUCAUUAACUGCUGUAGUUACCUUGUCUCAAGUCAUCCAAUCACAAGUUAUCUGCAAGGUUUUUGCAGCAAUCGUUUGCAUAUCUCUUACCAUGGGACCUCAUUAAUAUACACUGAUAUAUGCCAGGCAGCUGGCAACAGUGAGCUGAUUAGUGUGAGUAUGCAGAGCAGGUUCUGUUGUCAACUUUCUCUCUCCUAUUGCUUUGUCUAAAACUCAACAUUUAAUUAAAAUAUACUCAACAUUGCAAGCCUGGAGGGUCCAUGGCACACUUAUCAAAGGUGAAUUUUUACUCACCAGGGCUAAAUUUUCACUUGCCAAUGAUUAAUAGACGAGUGAAAAAUUGUAAUUACUCAUCGGGGCUGAAUUUUCACUUGCCAAUGGUUAAUAGACGAGUGUAAAUUUUGAACAGUGACCUAUACAGACCAGUGCCAACAAACAAAUGUAAGCGACAGAUAGGGCCAAAUUAAGAGCCCAUGGGGCCUGGUGCUGACAAUUAUGAUGGGCCUAAUUAUAAAAUCGCAUCGACCGAAAACACUAAAACAGUCAUACCUCCCAAGCAUCAUCUAUCUAGUGGACUUGGUUCUGGAGAGAAACCUCCAUGAUAUAGCUUCAAUAAAACACAUACCCUAUGCUUUCAUCUUUCAAGUAAAUCCAUACCCCUAACAGCAGUGUCCGGUGAAGCAGGAUUUCAGGGAGUGGAGUUAAAGGGUGGGCCACUGACACGAAUCAUGUAACCAGAACUGCCCAAAGGGGCAAUCAUGCCCCAAGAAAUUUGCCCAAGGAAUUAGAUGUCCAGGCUGGUGUGAAUGCAUGUCAGGCUGCCUGCCAAGCAGGUUAGCCAAGUAAGGGCAUACUGUGCGACAGCACCUCGAGCUUGGCAUAAAUGUGUCUAAUGAUGCACGCCUAAGGAUUGUCCUCUAGUACUCACUUGUCCACUCCUCUCCUAACCUACUUACUAGCAGGCAGAAGCUUCUGUUUGGACAGUCUGGGACAGAGAAAAGGUGUAGUAAGUGUAGAAGAAAGGGAACAUGCAACAGAAUUAGAGAGACUGAAGCAACAAAAGCAUUUGCAUAGUGCGCACAAUCAUCUUUACAUUAACUAAUUUCAUUGUCAGCCAGUCCACACAAAUUUUGUUCCAUCCAUGCACAUGUGAAGAGUAGUAAACGAAUAUACAUAUAUACAUAUAUAUAUAUAUAUAUAUAAAUUUUUGUUUUAGCAAUUUAACAAUGGGCCUAUUUCAUGGGCAUUGGCCUGCAGCUGCAACUCCAUCAGUCUCUAUGUUAAUCCGGGCCUGGAGACUAUCUCCUAUAUCUUAUCAAUCUACUUAAUAACCCUGGCACUGCAAGUACCACAGUGCUUAAAAAAAACUCUGCCUUCCCAAAGUUAAAGGGACUUUAUAGUCACCCAGACCAUUUCAUCUCUGGUCUAGGUGCAGUGUCCCAGUCCCACUUAGUACUGCAAUGUAAAUCAUUGCAAUUUUCGAGAAACUGCAAUGAUUACUUUGCAGCACUAAGACUGCCUCUAGUGGCUCUCAAUAAGAAAGCCACUAGAGGCACUUCCUGUUGGCUAUGCAACUUUUGGUCGCCUAAUUGACACUGGACAUCCUCAUGCUCUGCAUGAGGACAUCCAGAGUUAGUUAAAUCCGCAUAGGAAAACAAUGAAGCAAUGCUUUCCUAUGGGGAGGGCCUUGUGUGCUCUAAGUGCUUGCUGCACAUGCGCAUUAGCCCCCUCCCCACCAUCAGAUGACAUCAGAGGAGGUGGAGCGCUGACCAGAGAUCGGCAAUGGAAUCGAGUGAAUACUCAAAGGUUUUUUUUAACCCUUUAUGAGCAGGGGGUAUGUGGGAGGGGGGGACCAGAGGGCUCUAUAGUGUAAGGAGAACAACUUUGUAUGUCUUACACUAUAGAAUCCCUUUAAAUAUGACUGAGCUAGUUUAAAGAACACACAUGGCUUUUUUUUGUACAGGAAAUAAAAAUAAAAAAAAAACAUUUGUAAGCAUUAUUUCAAAACAUUACUGCAACUGCAAUGUGGUUCGGAUAAACCAAGAGGAAGUCUGCGCUUUUCUUAGAGAUGGUCAAAUGUUGAAAAGUUGAAAAUAUAAUUUAUCUAAAGAACAGAAAGUACAGCUGUAUUAGAUUCUAAAUUUUAAUUUUCUAUUUUUGUCUCUUAACAGGAUUUUACGAAAAUGCUCAAGUCAUGUGUACUUAAGUAUGCAUGAUCCUCACCUCUUGGUAGCCAGCAAGCACCCAUACAAAAACGGUUGCAUUCUUGGUAGCUCUCAUCUGCCACAGAUGUUUUCCCCCUUCAGCUGGACCUUUUUUUGAAAACAGAACCUAAGAAUGUGUCUUCUGGACUUUAUGUUUUAAUGCCAUCUGAAAAGUUAUUAGAUCUUCACAAUUACAAUGUGUACUACUACAGAGUACUUUCCACUGAGAGUUCUAACUUUCUCAAAAAGAAAUAACUGUUCUGUAGAAACAGUACAUUUAUUUUGUAGCAGUUGCCAAGACAGCUAACCUUAAUUCCCCCAUUUUUCCUGUUUUUGUCUAGCUGGCCAUGUGCUCUAAGGCCAUGCUUUUGUUACUAACAUGGCUUGUGUUGCUUUCUUUGGUUAAAAAUGGAGACAGUUAUGCAGUGCAAGGCUGUGAUAUACAUGGGCGGGAAUACCCAAAGGUCCUAUGCUACAAACGGGGUUUAACUCGUGUCCCUGAAAAACUACCUGAGAGAACUGUGAACCUUGACAUCUCGUACAACAAAAUUCAAGUAAUUGAGGCUAAAAACUUCAACAAUCUUACAUUCUUGCAUGAAAUGAACAUUUCAAGUAAUCAAAUAAGCUUCAUUGGUAUUCGUACAUUUCAGAACUUGCCCGCACUAAGACACUUGAACUUGAGCAGCAAUAGAAUAGAGUCACUAAUAAGCGGCAUGUUUGAUGAUCUUCAGAAUCUCACCACAUUGUUGUUGAAUGAUAACCAGAUAGCAACUAUAGAUGCAAAUGCAUUUUUUGGGUUGCCAAACCUUAAAGUUCUUGGUCUUUCAUCUAACCGCCUUUAUACAUUAGAAGCUUUGGGUACUGCCUUUAAAGUAUGGAGCUUAGAGGAAAUAUAUAUUGCAAACAAUAGCUUACAGCAUUUUGCAACCAGUGACUUGUCAAACGUUUCAACCAACCUACAUUCUAUUGUUGCUUCCACUAAUCCAUUUUCUGCUGUUAAUAUAGUGACUGGUAUCUUACAGAACAUUAGUUACCUGGACUUAUCAUUUACCCUGAAAACAGUCUUAUGGAAUCUUACUGAGCCAUGCUUCUUGAGUGGGUUAAAACGGUUAAAUCUGGAAGGAAUAAACCUACCACCAGCUGCUGUGUCCAACAUUAUACAAAGUCUUACUUGCACCUCUCUGGAAGAAAUUAACUUGGGUAAUUUAAAUCUGUCAGACUCGGGUCUUCUUAUUCAAGAAUUAUGUCAGCAUCACCCAAAACUAAAAGUUAUCCUCCUCCAUGGUAAUAAUUACAAAGAAUUUAGGAAGUAUACUUUUCAAAACUGUACCCAACUAGUAGAGUUGGAUAUAUCCCAAAACAUGUUCCAACAUGUUUCAACAUCCACUUUUGAACAUCUUGGUGUUCUCCAACAGCUGUCUAUAGCCAAUAACAAGUUAACUUCCAUACCAAAUGAUUUGUCUCACAUGUGUGCAUUGAAAAAAAUGAACCUUAGCAACAACCAUCUAUCAGAAGUGUUUUUAAACAAUUCCAAGUCAUAUGACAAACUGAAGAGUCUUGAUUUAUCUGGAAACAAAAUGACAGUGUUCUAUUCCUCAUUUCUAGGUAAUUGGUCUCUGCAAGACCUGAACCUAGGUGACAACCAGCUUUUGGAUAUCUCUGGCUCUUUUCAAGGCAGUCUGAAAAAACUGGAAGAAUUGUGGCUGAGGAAAAAUAAAUUAAGUUCUCUUUCAUCUGAUACUUUUAAAAAUUUGGUAUCUCUCAAAUUUCUAAAUCUGAUCGACAAUCAGUUAGAAGAAAUAGAGACUGGGUCCUUUAAUGGUCUUGAAAACUUGCAGACCUUACUCCUUGGUAGCAACAAGUUGACACAAAAGUCUUUAAAGAAACCUAUUUUUCAAGGCCUGAAAUCUCUUUGUGAACUCCAGCUUUUUAACAACUACUUAAACUAUGAGUCUUCUAAAAAUCUCGAAUUUCCACCAUUUCAGGCACUUACAUCUUUAAAAUUACUAACCCUCAACAGCCAGGCCCAUAAUGGCAUGGAAAAUAUACCUGCUAAUUACUUUGAUGGCUUAGUUUCUUUGCGAAAGCUCCAUGCUGGCAACACAGCUGUAAAAAACUUUGACCCAGCAACAUUUACAUACACUCCUGGCCUACAAGAACUGGAUAUGAGUAACAAUCAUAUUCUAGAUAUAGAUCCAAGAUUGUUAGAACACCUAUGUAACUUGACUGAACUCCAUAUCAACCAAAAUAAUCUUGAUUCACUGAACUUUCUGAAGGCAGCAAAUUAUUCCAAGCUCAUUCUUCUAAGGGCUGUAGGAAACCAACUUAACACAUUCACUUCUGACCAACUGAAUUUCUUACCUGCUCUUGAAUUUCUAGAUCUUCGCAGCAACCCUUUGACUUGCAGUUGUGAAAACAGGUGGUUUAUAAACUGGGUAGAGACUGAUCUAAAAACCCAAGUGUUGCACUUCUACGAGUAUGAAUGUGCUUAUCCUCCAUCCCGUAAGGGUGAAAAACUGUUCACUUUCAAUAUUGAAGCCUGUACACUGCACAUUGAUUACAUUUUAUUUCUCACCACAUGUCUUUUGAUAAGUAACAUGAUGGUAAUUUUUACAUUAUGGAAAUUUUGGAGAUGGCAAGUGCUUUACGGUUAUUACGUUUUCCUGGGAUUUUUAUACGACCGGAAGCAUCAUCAAAAGAAAUAUAACUACCAAUAUGAUGCCUUUAUCUCCUACAAUAGUCACGAUGAAGAGUGGGUUUUUAACCAACUUGUUCCAAACCUCGAAGAAACAUACAAGUGGAAACUUUGCCUACAUCAUCGAGAUUUUGAACCUGGAAAGCCCAUAAUUGAUAAUAUAAUAGACAGCAUUUACAGCAGCCGGAAAACAAUCUGCAUCAUCAGCAGUCACUACUUAGAGAGUGAAUGGUGUUCAAAAGAAAUCCAGGUGGCAAGUUACCGUCUGUUUGAUGAUCAUGCUGAUGUUCUUAUCUUGUUGUUUCUGGAGGAUAUUCCUAAUAACAGACUUUCUCCUUAUCACCAGAUGAGGAAACUUAUAAAAAAGAAGACAUAUCUCAUUUGGCCAAAGAACUUAAAUGCUUGUCCUCUUUUCUGGUUCAAGGUAAAUCAGGCCUUAGAAAAUAAAACAAAUGAAGAGGAUGAAAACAGCCCAUUGGCAGCAUUAUGCACAUAAAAUGAAUGGUAGAAAUGUUGUUUUAAUUAAAUAUUCAGAUACAAUGAAGGAUAUAUCAGAUCAUGGUCUAGAAGUAAGUGGGUUGAAUAUAUAUCAAAUCAGCUUCUAUGAACGCAAACUAGACUAAGGGACCUUUUCCAUUAUUAAACAAAAAAAGUUUUGCACAUUCAAUCACAAACUUCACUGUAGGUGAGCACUGUAAUGCAGCACUGUAAUGACCAUCAAAGUGUCACCCCAUCUGCCAAUGACUAAAUGAGUCCAAAACUUGAGCUUUUGGGCUCAAAGGAAAAAAAAGACAUAGAAAAAGAUGUGUUUUUUUCAUCAUAAGACACUUCAAACCAAUAAACCCUUAAAGAGAAAUUAUAAGCAGAAGUGUAGGGGGAUCUUGAUAAGGUAGUCUGUGUGCAGUGUCCCUGUUCCCUUAACCCUGCAAAAUAAGACAUUACACUCUCAGAGGAAAUGCAAUUUUACAUUUCAGGGUUAAAGGGACAUCCCACUGACCAAAUACAAGAUAAACUAAAUGUCACUGUUUAGUAGAUAUUCCUCAUAUGAAAACACAAAUUCUGUUAAUUAUGGGGAUAAAUUUAAAAACAGCUUGCAAAAUCUGCAGUUCUCCUGUCUGUUGUAUUUGCUAGCCCUCCCCUUCUAACCUUCUACUGUGGCUGUUCAAUCACAGACUUCCCAAUGCAACGCAAUGAGAAGUAUUUGCAAGGCAGGUGCUCUGAGCAAUUGCUGUCUUUUGCGUUUAGUUCCAUUGAGCUGACCAAACCAGGAAGUAACAGGACCAGUUGUCUGAUUGACAGACUUGGGGUGUAACCAAGUUAAUUUAUAAAAGUGUUAAUUUCUAUUAAAAUCUGUACUUUUUUCAAAAUGAAAAUACUAGUACACAUGCUUCACACAUAAAGCUUUUCAUGAAGAUAAAGUGAUUUAAGGGUCUGGAGUGACCCUUUAAGACUGCCUGUAGUAGCUGUCUACCAGACAACCACUAGAGGCACAUCCUGGUGGUUCAUGGAGUUUAACUCUGUGAAACUAUGCUGGACGUCUUCACACUUUGCAAUAAUUUCCUAUGGGAAAGACCAAAUAUGAGUGCGGCACUCGGUGUGCAUUAGGUUCCCUCAUUGCCAACAUUUGAGGAUGCAGGCACAGAGAAAGUGCUAAGAGACCUCAGCGCUGGAAAGAGGUAGGUGUUAAAAGUUUUCUUUUAACCUUUCAACACUGGCAGCAUUGGAACAAUUUAGCAUUAGGAAUACAGUUUUAUAUUCCCAACACGGGCACGGGCGCGAGUGCACAAACACACAUGAAAUUGCAAACACGCACAAACGCGUGAAAACAAGAGAAUGGCAAACGAAUGUGCCAACGCGAGCGAGUGUAACACGUGGGAAAAGGAAGGGGAGGAGUGGGAGCUGAUGCACAAUAGCAGGGACAGGCAGAAGCAGAGCAGAGCAGUUGUAAAAUAGGAGAAAGAAAAGUUAUAGGCAGGACAAGGAGAGAAUUGUUGUUGGCUAAUAAUAAUAAGUGGGCUAACUAGCUCAGCCUUACUUUUGUACAUUGUCAUAAGGAAGGUAAAAGAAAUGCAUUAAAAAAAGGAGAUAAAAAGGAAAAGAUCAAAAAAAUUACAAAAAAAAAUAAGGGAAGAAAAAUAGAAAAAAGGGGAUAAAAUAAAGGAGGACAGUAAGCAAUGUUUAGAGUGGCUCAUAAGUUAAAGGACCACUAUAGGCACCCAGAACACUUCAGCUUAAUGAAGUGGUCUGGGUGCUAGGUCCAUCUAGGAUUAACCCUGCCUGCUGUAAACAUAGCAGUUUCAGAGAGUUGAUUUUCACAGUGAGAAGAUGCCAGCGUCCAUAGGAAAGCAUUGAGAAUGCUCUUGCUGCGCAUGCGGAUUCAGCCGAUGACGGGAGAAAAAGGAGGAGAUUCCCCAGCACAGAGGAGCUGGAAAAAGUUAGGAAUUUAACCCCUUCCUCACCCUAGAGCCCGGCGGGAGGGGGACCCAGAGUGUGAGGGGGACCCAAGGACCCUAUAGAGCCAGGAAAUGUUUUCCUGGCACUAUAGUGGUCCUUUAAGUUUUGUUAUCUUAUAAAAUAAAAGAAAGAAAGAAGGAAAAUAAGUAAAGGAAGGAAAAGGAGACCCUUGAUUUAUUAUUUAAUAUAGGGAAGGUAAAGAAGAAGAAGGCAGGAAAAGUAGCAAAAAAAGGGGACAUUUCUUUUUAUGGUGACACGUAAUAAAAAUUGGCAGCUAAUACAGCGUUGUUUUGGGUGUUUGUAAUUAAAGGGAAAAGAGGGGGAGAAAAAAGCACUGUGUGGAGUGCAGAUCAAAACGUGGUAAGCGUAAAAGUAGUUGUUAAAUUGUGCAACAAAUUUAGAACCAAUGUCUGAAAAAAAAGAAAUAUGCUCGUGGCUAUUUACCAGAGUAUCUGAAGACACUUGCGCUAAAAAGUUUCAGUUACUGCACAUGGGUGGUAAGGAAAUGUUACCAUCAAGAAAGAUGCAUUAGUGGGCGGUAGGUAUAAAAAGGUUGACUACCCCUGAUCUAAAUGGUCCCUUUACAGGAAGUGUGCUGACAUCACAUGCCAAACAGGUUACCCUUCAGGGUCAUAAUCAUCAUCACCGUAGUCUGAUAAGAAAAUGGGGCUAGAGUACUUAUCGGGGAGAUAGUUGAACUCAUUAUAUUGUUAUUAUGUUAAAUUAAUACAUUAAAGAAUUGUAUUGUUUGCAAAUGUAUAUGUUUUAUGCUAAAUAAAAUAGCAAAAGUUCAGGAACAAA